AAGAUGGCAAGACUUAUUCUUCUCACUGGUAAGUUCCUGCUGACUGAUUGAGAUCAUUUCUUAAACCAUAUUUAAACAGCUGCAAUGCUGAGAUUUUGAUUAAACCAGAAAUCAUGCUAAAUUAUUUUUUAUAAUCUAACAAUAAUAAUAAUGUUAAAUCUUUUUGGCUGCAAGCUACUUUUCCCCCUGAAUUUUAGAUGCGUUGUACUGUCCUACAUCAACAAAUUGUGAAAGUAUAAUUACAAACUCAACCAAUAGAAACUAAUAUAAAAUCAAGAAUAUGGGAACAUCAAUGCAUUCAUGGUUUAUCAGAGCAAAUAUGGACACUUAUGCAAAACCACUGCCAAUAGCGUGCAUGCAUGAUGAUCACAUGACAGUUUCAACUAUAAAUAUAUGUAUAACUUCCACAUGGCUAAAUAUAUUUUGCAUUGUAAAGUAGGAGACUAUAUUUAAAAUAAGAAAAACUACCACAACAAGAGGUCUUAAAGUAGAGGGGCAAAGGUUUAAAAAUAUCAGGAAGUAUUACUUUACUGAAAGGAUAGUGAAUGCAUGAAAUAACCUUCCAGCUGAAGUGGUAGAGGUUAACACAUUAAAGGAGUUAAAGCAUGCAUGGGAUAGGCAUAAGGCUAUCCUAACUAUACGAUAAGGCCAGGGAAUAAAAAGAGUAUUUAGAAAAUUGGGCAGGUUAGAUGAGCUUAGUGGGUCUUAUCUGUCAUCACAUUCCAUGUUUCUAUUACUCAUGAAUAUUUUGUAGUUAAAAUAAAAAAUAUGCAUGUAUUAGUAUUUCAAAAUUAUAUUCUAAGUUCAUAGAAUCUGCAGCUAAACUUCACUGUGUUUUUGCCCAACGCUAACUCUUCAUGGUGGGUAGUCCAGUCAAAUGUUUCGCUUGGAAAAGCAUUGUGGACUAAAUGGGUGCCUGAAAAUGUAUAUUAGUAAGAUUUAUGUAUAGUAUUGUUAAAAAAAAAAUACUUGAUCUUUUUACAAAGUAUAAAGUAGGAUAUUCACAUUGUGCUGUUAUAGGUCUUAAUGUGAAGAUUUUGAAAGAAUUAUUGUUCCUUCCUGUGCAGAUUUAACUUUUACUUUCUUUAUCUAAUAUCACACAGGGGCUGCAGGGGCAUAAAUACCUCUAAAGUAAACAUAUAUCAUUAAACUGGGUUCUAAAGUGAACACAGGAAGUGUGUAGGAAGGCUAUGUAAGUCUCAUCCAGGGGAGGUGUGCCUAGUGUUGCAUAAACAAAAUAAUUGAACUCAUGAACGGCAGAUAAUUGAACAGUGAGAUUGCAGGGGUGUGAUCUAUACACCAAAACUAAAGCUAAAGUUAUUCUGGUGCUAUGAUGGAUCCUUUAAUCACUUUUUUUUAUUGAGAAAUCAUUGGAAAACUAUAUUGUAAUUAUAAUAGGAUGAACACUACAUAAGGUUCAUGGGUCCAAGGUUACUAACAAUAAUUACCAACAAUAACCUAAUAUCAUAAGAGAGAAAUUCACCAAUGUUUUAUGUAUUCCUUAGGGUUGGCUCUUCUGCUGAAUGCUCAGCUAGGUAAGUAAACUUAAAAUAUUCACAUAUGAACAGCUUAUUUUUUUUUUUUUUACGCUAUAAGUAUAAUUAGAUACGCUUUAUACAGAUUGCAACUUAAAAGAACAAACAAAAUAAGAAAUUCAUAUAAGAUAACUUUCAAAUUUAAAACACGUUUUAAACAAGGUCUAAGAGUACUUUAAGAGUCAAUCACAGGAUUUCCAACUAACUGACCUUGAAUUUCUUUCCAAUGGCCCGUUACAUAAUUGACUUUGACUCUAGCCCCCAAUCUGUGCUUCUGAAGCAUGUAGAACAUUUCCUACUGGAUAUAAUCAUGUGUAGACUACAUUUGAGAAGAAAAAAGAAAGAAGAAACUACAUCUGUCAAGCAGACAGAAUUGGGUACUGAAGCUACACCCACUCCAGGCAUGAACAUAAACCCUUACAAAUUUUACCCCAGAAACUGAUAUAAUUUUUCUUUUUUUAAAUCAUGAAUAAAAUCUUCCACAUAACCAAAAGCUGGGAUAAUGGAGAUUAUCUUGAGAGGUGGAUACAGCCCAGUACACACCAAAAAUCCAGAUAUAUAGGUGUUCUUACCUGCCUGACGGAGAUAGUACUUCUCAAUAGUUUGUCAAUACUCUAGGAGUAAAUGUUUGAAUUUUACAGUCCAGGAUACAGUAAAAAAACAAUAUAUAAAUAUGGUCUCCAUGUGAAUUAGACUUAACUCAUUAAGAUAAUGAAAAAACCUGAUCUUUCAGUUUCUACACUAAACCUGAUUUUCAAUUUACACGUUGUGUCUUUAAAGUUUGUCUUCUUUUAUUUUCCUACACAUAUUAAUUCAAUAGUUUAAGUUCAGAUCCCAUGUUGACUCAUCCUUUCAACCACCAAAGUCAAUAAAUCAGUGGAGAUGAAAAAUAAAAAUAUUAGUGUCCUAGGACGUGCUUGUAAAUGUGUCCUUAUGGGAAAAUACCAAGACAAUUCCUAUUCUGAUUGAAAUUAGUAAUUAAUUAUUAGUAAUAAGCAUACACACACAUACAAUCACAGAAAUUAAAUUCCCCUGAUAAGCAAAAUUACAAGUUCACUUUAUAUGUGUCCAUUGGAAUAGAUCAUGAAGAUUUCAGUUUCAAUUGAACCAUGUGAAUUGUGAUUAAUUCAAAUUAGAUUUCACAAUUUAAGUCAGAAUUGCCAAACUGAAAAACAAAUGUCUCAUCAAUUUGGCUAUUUUGGAAAAACGUUUUCGAUAUACUUUAAAUUCACUUUAAAUUGCAAAUAUUUCACACUUUAUUGAAUAACACUGUCAAUGUAUUCAACAGCAGAACAUGAUGCAUUCAUGUUGACAUCAAGUACUAAUUUUUAAGAAAGUCAAAAAGACAUACCAACUUGGCUGAUUUUAUUGAAAAGUGUUAUAAGAUGCAUAUUCAGUCAUAGUACAGUCUACACUACUAUUUUAUUCCAAACAGGCUCUGCCUACCAGCUGACAUGCUACUUCACCAACUGGGCCCAAUACAGACCUGGCCUUGGGAAGUUCAAGCCAGAUAACAUUGACCCAUGCCUUUGUACUCACCUAAUCUAUGCUUUUGCCGGAAUGUCCAACAACCAGAUCACCACAAUUGAAUGGAAUGACGUUACCCUUUACAGCUCUUUCCAAAACCUGAAGAAUCAGUAAGUUGCCUUUUCACAUCUUCUUGCUAAUGCCCAUUUUAAUGUGAAGAACUUGACAUAGCAUCUCACAAUCUCUAUCCGCUUGUUUGUAAGUUGAAGAAUGUGAACUCAAAGUACUAUGAUAGUCACUAUAUCUUAAAUAUCUUUCACUUCCACCUAUAAAUAAGUGAUAAGGAUUAUCUUCUCAUUUUAGGAACGGUAAUUUGAAAACUUUGCUGGCCAUAGGAGGGUGGAACUUUGGAACUGCACCGUAAGUGAUGUACUUCUUCUAGAACAAAGAAUUUAGAAAUAUAAUUAGGAUUAAAAUAUAAACUUCUGGAUCCAUUAUUUUACAGAUUCACUGCCAUGGUUUCCACUGCUCAGAACCGUCAGACAUUCAUCACCUCUGUGAUCAAAUUCCUGCGUGAAUAUGGAUUUGAUGGACUGGACUUUGAUUGGGAAUAUCCCGGCUCCAGAGGAAGCCCUGCUCAGGACAAAGGACUCUUCACAACUCUGGUUCAGGUAAGCAAGGUUUAUUCUAGAGGUAUGUUAGGGAAGUCUGAACCAUUGCAUUUCAGACUUUUUCUACACGUAUUGCUAGUUCCACCAAUAUCUUACAAUAUGCAAGGUUGAUCUCAAAAUUUAAUAUUCAAGGUUGAAAGGUUCGUGUGGGAACUGAAAUUAUAUUGUGUUUAUUGUUCCUAUACAGGAAAUGAGAGCAGCUUUUGAGACUGAAGCUUCACAAACGAACAGACCAAGACUCAUGGUGACCGCUGCUGUUGCUGCUGGCAUCUCCAACAUUCAAGCUGGUUAUGAAAUCCCUCAGCUUUCUCAGUAAGUUUAGUUAAAUAAACAUUAUUGCCUUAGUGUUAAUAAAUUAUUUUGCAGAACAUUUUUAAAACUCCUGGAGUAUAGAGCAAGGGUACUUUGCCUAAAUAUAAAUUAUAUGCAUUUAUUUGUAUUGUAUAUGUAUUUUCCUAUAAAAUGCAGUAAGUAAUAGAGUUAUUAAAAUGCAACAGGGCUUUGGAUUACAUCCACGUUAUGACCUACGACUUGCAUGGUUCAUGGGAAGGAUACACUGGAGAAAACAGCCCACUGUACACUAACCCUUCUGCCACUGGCUGGAACGCUUACUUGAAUGUUGUAAGUAUUUAUUAGGUUAGAAUAUUUAUUUUGAUAUAUAACACUAUAUGGGUUAUAUGGUUAUCUAAUUCAAGCAAAAUUACAGCUUUUUAAAAUUAAAAGAGAAAAGUGACAUGCUUGUCUAUCUAUCUAUCUAAUUAUCUAGCUGGGUGCUGGAAGGUCAUUACACUGACCCAACAACAGGAAACGGGCUAACCAUAAUGAAUAAAUAGAUAUGUAACCCAACAAAGUCAAUUAUGAGUAUUUGUAGAUUAUGGUUUGCAUCCAAAGCUUAAAAAAAUGCAUCCAGUCUAUGUUGCCUGUAGAAGUAUACUGUUAUUAUUAUUCUAUCCAAUACUUGCUAGAAAUUAAAUCAGUCAUAGUGGAUAUGGAGUCUACUGUUCUCUUUGUAAUUACAAAUACUCUUACUGUAGGAUUACGUCAUGAACUACUGGCUGAAAAAUGGUGCACCUGCUUCUAAACUUAUUGUUGGUUUCCCAACCUAUGGACACACUUUCAUUCUGAGUAACCCAUCCAAUACUGCUAUUGGAGCCCCCACUUCAGGUGCUGGCCCAGCUGGUCCUUACACUAGGCAAUCUGGAUUUUGGGCUUACUAUGAGGUAUGUUUAAGAUCAAGCUUUAUAAUGUUUUAGAACACAUUAUUUAAAUAAAAUUUUACCUUAAACAAAGCAGCCUCGCUCCUAUCAUGACUUAUUUAUCUAUCCUUUUUUAUACAUAGAUCUGCACUUUUCUGAAGAAUGGAGCUACUAAUGAAUGGUCCUCUGCUGAAGAUGUGCCCUAUGCCUACCAAGGAAAUGAAUGGUUGGGAUACGACAAUGAGAAGAGCUUCACACUAAAGGUAAUUUCAAGACUUUAUAAUUUAAGCUAAAGUAACUCUCUUUUCUGGAUUCAUACUAUUGUCUAUUUGUUUACAUUGUUUUACAGGCACAAUGGCUGAUGCAGAACAACUUGGGUGGUGCUAUGGUUUGGGCUAUUGAUCUGGAUGAUUUCACAGGUACAUUCUGUAACCAGGGCAAGUUUCCUCUGAUCAACACACUGAAGAGCACUCUUGGUGUCCAGGCCUCUGGUAAGCUAACGUUUUCAUAUUUAUGUUAAUCAGCUUGUAUAAAAUAUCCUUAAAGCUUUCAUUAUCACUUAAUUUAAAUGCAAUCUUUAAUAUAACACCAUCAAUCAUUCCUAAAAUGGACAGCAUUAAAGGGAAUUAGCUGUUGCAAACUGUCUUUUUAAAUAUUCAAUAGCCCUAAAAUGACUGUAACGGAACAUGGAUUGAAGUAUAUAUUGUCACAUUUCUCAACCAAAGGUUGCCUCCAAUGGGAAAACUGUUGGUGGGACCCCAAUUGACCAGUUAACUAGUUAUAGUUUGUCAAGUAUAUGAAGGAAUGUUAUAUACAAAGAAACAGAAUUUCUGUCAGUAGAUUGUAGAACUUAUACCGUCAAGGUACUAUAAUUUGCAAUUUUUCACUUUUUUAAAAACCUGGAUACUGUUGUAUCAUGUUCUCUGACCUCUUUAUGUUGUCCCUCAUUUCUGUAGAAGAGUGACAGUGACAGUAUUUUUAUAUUAUGUUUAUCAGAGUCAACCAACACACUUUUAUUCUUGAGUGUGGCAUCCACUAAAUCUUUUAUUAGUAGUGCGUGACUACAUCCAUUUUUGUUCCUUGCUGUUUUAGGAUACAGACACUUGUGUUCUAUUGGAAUACUUCCUGGCAUUGUUGGGUUCUUUAACCCCUUAAGGACCAAACUUUUGGAAUAAAAGGGAAUCAUGACAUGUCACACAUGUCAUGUGUCCUUAAGGGGUUAAAGGUCUGAUGACCAUAUUUUUCUUCUAGUGCAGACUACUGACCAUUGCUGGGCCACAAAUGACUGGGUUUAUCAUUUGUAAAACCCAUGCAGUUCCAGGGCUCUGGGAUACUUCUUUUAUUAGAGUUUUUCAUACUAUUUUACAUCCUUUCUUGAGCAGGCCAUUUACCAGUUGCAUCCGACUCUCUCUUUCAUGCUGGAAAGGUUUUGUAUUAACCCACUUUUUAACUUGAAUAUAACACAGAUUAUAUAGCCAUAACCACAUCUUGCAGAUCUAAUCAGAGACAAGGGUAUAGAUUUGAGUACAUGUUGUAUUUAUGUUGCAUUUUGAGCAAAAUGUCAAUUUUACACAGUUAACUGCUUGGAAAAAAAUUAAAAUGGAACAUACUUAUAAUCUAAAGUUCACAAAAUUGAUCUUUAUUAACAGAUAGCAGAGUAAAGAUAUAUUUAAUCUGAGUUAUGUUCCCUUUUUGCAGGUUGUACUCCCCCAGCUUCUCCAGUUGCUCCAAUUACAGCAGCUCCAGCCACCGCCGCACCCGCUGCCCCAACCGCUGCUCCAUCUGGUGGCAGUGGAUUCUGUGCUGGCAAAGCAAGUGGACUGUAUCCCGUUGCAGGAAACAAAAAUGCUUUCUGGCAUUGCUUGAAUGGAGUCACCUACCAGCAACACUGUCAAACUGGUCUUGUCUUUGACACAAGCUGUGAAUGUUGUAACUGGGCAUGAUCUGGACCUUCUGAAAGGCUUCAAAACUUGUGAACCCAUAACACUGUAA